AUGACCAUUACCAACAUACAGACAGGAGAUCAAGAACCCAGCCUCCUGCACCGCUCUCUUAUCGAACGCCCUCAAAAAGUCAUCUCUGGGUCAGGCAUCUACCUAACACUGGCUGAUGGUUCUCGCAUCCUCGAUGGAUGCUGCGGCGCCGCCGUGUCAGUCAUCGGCCAUGGCAAUAAACAAGUCCAGGAUGCCAUUAUGCAGCAGUACUCGAGUAUCGAAUACGUGCACACCAUGGCUUACACGACAUCCAGCGCAGAGGAAUUAGCUGAUGCCCUCACCGAGUUGAGCAAGCCUUUUGGUUUGACCAAGGCCUACUUUGUUUGUUCCGGUAGUGAAGCCGUGGAUGCGGCCAUGAAGCUUGCGAGGCAAUAUCAUGUCGAAAACGGCCAGCCGCAGAGAAAGAGGUUUGUUGCUAGGAGACAGGCAUAUCAUGGCAAUACCAUUGGGGCCAUGAGCGUGAGCAGUAACUUACCGAGGAAAGUCCCUUAUGAUGGCGUCUUGACGCUUGACAAUGUGAGCUUCGUCAGUCCGGCAUACGCAUAUCGCGGUCAGCGAGAUGCCGAGACAGAGGGACAGUACGCUGCUCGGUUGGUUCAGGAGCUGGACGAGGAGUUUCAGCAGGUAGGCCCUGAAACGGUCAUUGCUUUCGUGGCGGAAACUGUGGGAGGAGCAACUGCGGCUUGUAUCACUCCUCCAAGGGGAUAUUUCGAAGGUGUCAGGAAAGUGUGUGAUCGAUAUGGCAUCUUGCUCAUCCUGGACGAAAUCAUGUGUGGGAGUGGCCGGACGGGGUCGUAUCUCGCCUUUGAGCGAGAAGGUGACGUGAGGCCGGAUCUCGUUACGUUGGGUAAGGGUCUGGGGGGAGGAUAUGCGCCUAUUGCGGGCGUCUUGAUUAGUGAAAAGGUCGUCCAAGUCUUGAAAAGGGGCUCGGCGAGUUUCAUUCAUGGGCAUACCUACCAAGCUCAUCCGGCGUGCUGCGCGGCGGGCUUGGCUGUUCAGCAAAUCAUUAAACGUGAUGAUUUGGUGGCGAAAUGUCUCUCCAGGGGAGCUCUUUUGGAAUCCAGACUGCGCUCUGUUCUCGGAGACGCAAAGUAUGUGGGAGAGAUUCGCGGCAGAGGCUUGUUCUUGGGGAUCGAGUUUGUGCAGGGCAGAGCAUCCAAGCAGCCGUUCAAGCCAGCGGUCAAGUUUGCUAGUAGGAUGCAAGAAGCAGCUCAUAGUCGCGGCCUAGCUGUGUAUCCGGGGUCGGGGACUGUAGAUGGAGUGAAUGGCGAUCAUAUUAUUCUGGCACCACCGCUGACGAUAACGGAAGAGGAGGUUGAGGAGAUUGUGAGGCUGUUGAAGAUGGCGUAUGACGCAGUAGAAGAAGAUCUGGGUGUAAGACACGUCCCAAUAUACGUCGGCUUCUACUCCACACACGUGAAUCGAGGUGUCACUUGGCCAAACGAGCAGCCACGGCCGUUUGCUCGCAGCUGGGACCCCGAGCUUUUGAGCGAUGCUGCAUCUACUUAUACCCUCAUCUCCCUCACUCUCUCGAUAAUUCUCCUUGUCUACACCCACCAAGAAGACAACCUCCCCCUGCAAUCCAAGAGACCAUUCUCAACACGACAAACUCACAUUCUCUCCAUCAACCAUCGCACCAUCAAAAUGUGUAACUGGGACACCUACCUCUACAUGUGCGGAUGCUUCGACGUGAAGCUCAGAUCCCAGUGCCAGCCUGCCCGCCAGGAAGACUUCGAAUUCUGCAGCGCCAGCGGGCAAACCGUCAAGGCGGCGUGGUGCUAUGCCCAGCCGUAUCUCUGUGGGCGAUGCAGGCGCAUGGAAUAUCAGUCGGGACGUCCAGUUAGACGCUACAUUCCGGCCUGGAACGAAAUGGCUCCUGUUGCCCAAAACAUGGCUGCACACAGAGCGAGGGCUCGGCAUUGA